AUGUUUGCUCGCUCACCAGUGAAGGAAAACGAGCUUCUCGAUCUGCUCCUUGAAUCUCGCGCUUCCUCCAGCGUUACCUGGGACCCUCUUCUGCCGCUGUACGUCGAUGGACUGUGCAAGGUUGGGAGGGUCAAGUCUUCAUCUGCGCUGGCGAGUCUUUUAAAGCACUCUUCUAUCCUUGAUGUGUCGGGAUCUGGUGAGAGUGAGGGUGAGGGACCGGGCUCACCAUCCAAGUCCAAGAAGCAAAAGCCAUCCACUCUUAUGACCGAUAUCAAAGUUAUCCAGGAUGUCAUGGUGUUCAUUUCCACCGGGUCAAUCCCCAAGACUGUCAUCGAGGCUGCAGAUAUUUACUCUGCCACCGUAGACUGGAUUUUGGCUGUCGUGUCGUGGCACACUCGCUGCAUGGACCCCUCGCAGCAAACAGGUGGCUUGAUGGGGUCGCCUGAUGCAGUGUCAUUGUUCGAGUCGCUUGGAAUUCUGCUUGCAGCUUUGUCUGGGACUAGCAAAGGACUGGAAGUGCUGUCCAGUGACUACAAUCAAGAAUUGAAAGCGAAAUUGGGAGAGGCUUUGUCGAGCUACCUGCCUCUCUGUAUCGAUGUCUCUUUGCCGCUUCGGCAUCGUCUCGAAGAGUUACAGAAAGUGUUCAAUCUUUACCCCGGUCAGCCUUCUAAGGCUUUGCAUGGGGCUGCUAUCGACGGCGUGAAUGUCAAUGCCCUCCAGUUUGAGUCUUCUGUCAUGGAUGGCCCAGUUGUUAACACUAGAGCUGGACUCUAUGUAUACAUCAAUUCGAUGGUCGUGGGUCGUCCUUUGGUCGAUGAUACCAUUUUGAUCAACUACCUCACCAAUCGUUAUCAGGGACACAACGACGUCCUCAUCGAGGAAAUCAUCACAGCCGCCUUCGACGUUCUUUCCAACGGCGUAUAUCGCAAUGAAUCUGGGCGCACGAUGCUCUUGUUUAGAUCUUUCCUAGUUAACAAACUUCCCGCCUUCUUCGCAGCCAUCUCGGCAGCAUCCAUGGUGCCGAUCUCCAUGGAAAUGUGUAUCAGCCACGCCUUAAGUCGUCUAGAUCCGAACGCAUUCCCCUCCUUCUCUCAGAUGUUCUCCAUGCAGGGCAGCAGUGUUUUAUCAGAUGCUCGCCAGGAGUUCCUCUUUGCUUGCGCAUCGCACAAGCUCAUACAAGAGUCCAGCAUUGAACAGCUUCUCGGAGAAAACCCCAUGCAGACACUGUCUGGUGGGGGCCCUUAUCUCAAGGACGACCUCGUUUCACAGAUCAAUAACAAUCAUGAACGUGCUGAGCAACUUAUUGGUGAGAUCGAGUCGAUGGAGGGUAAUGCAGGCGCGAUAGUCGGCGCCGUGGUCGAUGUCAUGCAUAAUCUGUGCCAUCAAAAAGAGACAAUGACGCUCAAGAACAUCUGCAACUCGCUUUCACGCCGCCCGCAAACCUUGGACGUUAUGUUGCUGUUCCGAACUACAAAGCAAGUAUUGCAACCUCUUUGUACUCUCCUGGAUUCGUGGAAGUGGGACGAGGAUCAGGGCGAAAACCAGCCUGUUUAUGAUGAAUUUGGCAGUAUCUUGUUGCUAGUUCUCGCGUUCAAAUACCGAUAUGACUUGAGUCCUUCUGAUAUGGGUAUUUCGAACAACGACUCAUUUUUGUUGAAACUUGUGGACCGGGGCGCUUGCAGCCAGAAGCUGAGCGACUUGAGCGAGAAGCAAAACAAAGAUCUCGGCGCUUGGAUAGGAGCUCUGUUCAUUGCUGAGGGCAUCAGUGAAGAGACCAUGUCCUCUUGCAGCCCACACGAAUUCUACAUGCUUGUCACAACAUUGUUCGAUCAGAGUCUUGGUGCAUGUGAGUCUGGAAAGCUGGACUUCGACACAUUGAAAGGUGGAUUUGAAUGUAAGAACACUGUCACCCGGUCGCUUCCCACUGGAUACCCAGCUAACCGCGAUACAGAUCUGCUUGAGCCCUUCCUCCUCCCGUCCCUAGUCGUCGCAUUGACAUGGCUAGGCAACCACAUCUGGGAAUCAGAGACCGACCCCACAAUCCCCAUCAAAACCCUCCACUCCCUAGUCAAACCCAGCUCAAUCUCCGGCGAGGCCCAAGCCAUCCACCAAACAGUCCUGAACAUAACCGGCUGCCCACUAGAAGAGCAACUAAAAAACGUCCGAACAAGAAACCAGUCGCGAACAGACAUCAAACCAAUCCUCGACGCCCUGGAGCCAUACAUCUCCUUCCGCCGCGUGGGCAGCUGCCGUCGCUCCGAACUCGACACCUGGACUUCCCACUCCGCAGGCGGGCUAAUAGCCAGCAUCCGCACAACCCUCCAAGCCCUGGUCCUCUGGAGCGCCAAUCCAGGAAUCAGCAUGGCCCCACACGCAUACACACACCGGCAGGUGCUAGCGGGGAUCCGCAUGCUGGGCGCAACACGCGUUCUAGGCGCAAUAAUCGACGAAGUCAAGCAGCAGACCGAAGCAGGUAGCGGACAUGUCGCACUGGACAUUGCGACUACGAUGGUAUGUGCGCCGAUGACGGAAUCCUUCGCUGUCGACCAAAACAACUACCACCCAGUGGACACAAGCAAGGAGGCUUUGCCGCGGUGCGCAAUCCUGACUCUACGCGACGCCUUGUCGCUGCAGCACGAGAACGUGCCUAAGAUCUCUGAAAGUGACCCGCUGCGCGCAGAGGUCGUAGUGCGGCUUGCGCGUCGGGUUAAUAUGCUCAUGGCGCCGCCGUCGCAGGUCUCGAAUAUCGAUGUCUCGAAUAUUAUCCAGAAUAUGCAUCUUGGGGUUGAGGGGCAGGAGGAUCGCAUGGAUCUUGAGCCCUCUGCUGCUGAUGUUGCGCGUAAUACGGUCAGUGAGGAUGAUCCGGAUAAUAUCAAUCAGAUGUUGGAUAAGGCGGCGGCGGAUGCGGCGGCCGCUGGGAUGGAUGGUGAUAUCGGUGUAGGUCAGGAUAUGGGGCUUGAUUCAGGGGCUGGUAUGGAUGCUAUUGAUGAUGUGCUUAAUGCGGCGGAUAUGGCGGUUGGAAAUCCCGAGUUCCUUGAUUUGGAUAUGGAAGGUAUGUUUUAG